AUGUCCUCCACGAUUCAUCCCCAGUACUUCUGUACUCGUCCUAAUGGCGCCUUCACUCCCCUUAUCGCCGUGGAUGAGCUCCCCUCGCAUAUCUCGAUUCGUGGGGCUCCCCGUGUGCUAGCAGCCAGUGAAACCCAAGGAAUGACGAGCCUUGGGAUUGUACAGAUGAGGCCCCAGUCAUAUGUUGUCGAAGGAGCUGGCCCUGCUUCCACUCGAGAGACGUCCACGAGUUCGACCGGACACCGCACCCGUGACUCUGAUUUACAGGCCGCGUUGAUGAGAGUCCUUUCCGAUGAGUGUCUUCCGACAAACGAGCGUCUGGCUAUUACAACGCUGAUACAGCAUGGUCUUUCUCGCGGCAUGUUUACGCCCAGUUCGUCCAGUAACGGUUGGUUGGUGCCUAAUAGUGGUGGUAGUAUUGCUGGCAAUGUGGGUUCUAGACAAGGACCUCACUACAAUACCAAGAAAGAAUACUGUUCGUACUGGAUUCGCCAUGGCGAGUGUGACUAUUCACAACAAGGCUGCCUUUAUAAACAUGAGAUGCCUGGCGACCCGGCGAUGCUCGAGAAGCUUGGCCUCCGUGACAUCCCCCGCUGGUAUCGUGAGAAGUAUGGCAUUCCCAGCCUGAUACCGAAUGGACAUGUUCAUCCUCGUCAUCAAAUCGGACAUGCUCUGCCACUGACGGACAAUGGGGGUUUCGGAGCGGUCCACAACCCAUCUCGCCUUGGGGCAAACAUCAUCUCGGACAUUUCUGAUUUUGAAAGGGACUCUCAGCAGAAGACUCAUUAUGCUAUUCAGCACUCACCAGCUGCACUUCCUGGAUCGUCGCGGCCUGUCUAUGCCGCCGCAGGACCGUCCAGGGCUCAAAUGCCCCAGAGACACGGAGCAAAGAAUUCUUCGAAAAUGGAUCUUUUAUCCUUUGACCCUCUCCCAGAGUACCCCAGCUACACAUCCGUGGAAUCUGCGCCCGGGAAGAUGCGCGCGCUGGCCAACGCAAAUGGCACCGCCGCCUUUGCGAGUGUCAACAGCGAGCGUGAGGACUUCGUCCGCAGUAUACAAUCUCUAAUGCCGACUCCAAUAUCCGGGAGCUCGGAGUACCUGCUGGCCGGUGGUUCUCCCUAUAAGCCUCGUUCCAAGAAGGCACAAAAAUCCCGCCGGUUGUAUCAGCCUCGGCCUGCUAUCCUGAAGCAGGAGUCCGAACCUGAAGCAAGCGAAGUAGAUGCAUUCAGCGGGGAGAGUAGAGGCUAUGGCACUGCUCCGCCGAGCGUUGCAUCUCCCAUUUCUAAGGUUGACCACCCAAGCCCGAACAUCCGGUCUGCCCUAGAUAGCGCGUCCGAGCCGGCUACUCGCGGUGCCUCCCCUUUAACCCAGUCCGGCACUGCAUCUUCGGACUCGAGUCCCGAUCUUGUCCGCGACCGACACAAAGAUAAAAAAGAACACAAAGCGGCCUUCGGCGCUAUCGGUACCAGGAGAGGGUUCGGUAAGUCGUGUGACGGGUCCUUCGAAGUUGAUCUGUUAGGCCUGGGCACCAAGGACGAUGAUUAA